AGAAAGCGGGUGAAGAGAAAAGGGAGGUCCAGGGAACCAGCAGCCGUCGAGCUCAUUGUUGUGGGAGCUCCUUAAAGGGGCCGUAUCCGCCGCCCACAGAAAGAGAAACGACCAACUGACCGGGCUGGGCCCGGGCCGCCACUGGUGGGUUUUCGGGAAGGUGCUCAGGAGAGGCCGGGGAUCGGCCGGGCCUAUGGAGCUUCCGCCCGCUAAGCGCAGGUGCGGCGCCCCUGGGGAGCAGCCCGACCCGGGACCGGGACCAGGCGCCGCCACCUCCUCCUCCUCCCCCCCUUCCGCUUCCACCUCUUCUGCCGUCGAGACGCUUCUGGACCUGAGCGCCCGGCGGGUGGCCGAAACUUGGGCCUUCGAGCAGGUUGAAGAACGUUUUUCCCGUGUCCCAGAACCUGUUCAGAAGCGCAUAGUGUUCUGGUCCUUCCCACGGAGUGAACGGGAAAUAUGCAUGUACUCUUCCCUUGGCUAUCAUCCCCCAGAGGGUGAGCGAGACUCUCGUGUACCCUUUAACCGUGGCUUGAAUUUGCUACAGUCAGGUGCUGUUGACCGUGUCCUCCAAGUAGGUUUCCACCUGAGUGGUAUUGUGACAGAACCACCCGGCCCCAGUGAGCCAGAGCACAGCUAUCAUGUCUCCAUCAGUUUUGACCGCUGCAAAAUCACAUCGGUUAGCUGUGCCUGUGACAAUCGGGACAUCUUCUAUUGUGCUCAUGUGGUGGCUCUGUCCCUGCAUCGCAUCCGGCAUGCCCACCAGGUGGAGCUGCGCCUGCCUAUCUCAGAGACGUUGUCCCAAAUGAACCGGGAUCAGCUACAGAAGUUUGUGCAGUACCUGAUCAGCGCCCACCACACAGAAGUGCUGCCGACAGCUCAAAGGCUUGCUGAUGAGAUACUGCUGCUGGGCUCUGAGAUCAACCGAGUGCAUGGUGCUCCAGAUCCCACAGCUGGUGCUGGCAUUGAAGAUGCAAACUGUUGGCACUUGGAUGAGGAGCAGAUCCAAGAACAAGUGAAGCAGCUACUGUCCAAUGGGGGUUAUUAUGGAGCGAGCAAGCAGCUUCAGUCAAUGUUCAAUAAGGUGCGGGAAAUGCUACGAAUGCGAGAUUCCAAUGGGGCACGGAUGCUCAUCCUGAUGACAGAGCAGUUUCUGCAGGAUCCACGUCUGGCACUCUGGCGGCAGCAGGGAGCAGGCAUGACUGACAAGUGCCGGCAACUCUGGGAUGAGCUUGGUGCAUUGUGGGUAUGUGUGGUUCUGAGCCCACAUUGUAAGCUGGAAGAGCGGGCAGUUUGGCUGCAGCUUCUUAAGAAGUGGAAUAAACUAGACAUUUGUCCAUUGGAGGAGGGUAACUACUCCUGUGACAGUGUUGGAACCAAUAGCAGCUUGUCAUCUAAUCCAAAUCGCAGCCCAGCCACUGCUCGACAGACAGUCUUUGGGCGUGCCAUCAAGGCUGCUGAGCUUCGCUGGGGGGAUUGCCACCUGCAGAAGAUCUUGAGCAGUGACUGCUACGGUGUCUCUUUGAAGAGCGGUGGUGACAAGCUGGGCUUUGAUCCCCAAGGCCAUCCACUCUGGCUGGGCGAUGCCUUCCCCAUGGCCUGCGCACGGGUGGAUGCCUUGCGCUCCCACGGCUACCCCCGCGAGGCCUUGCGUCUGGCAGUGGCCGUUGUCAAUGCCAUGCGCUUGCAGCGACGUCAUCAGCUGGACAGCUACAAGCAGCAGAAGAAAGAGCUCCUGCACAAAGGCACAACCAGCAUUACCAACUUGGAAGGAUGGGUUGGGCACCCUCUGGACCCCAUUGGUUGUCUCUGUCGUACCUUUCUGGAGGCCUGUCGAAUGGAUGAUGAGGGGCUUGUCCUGUUUCCAGAUUCUCCAGCAGAGCCCAAGAAGGCCCUCUAUCAGCACAUCCCAGUGCCCUCAAGUCCUGGCGAGUCGUAUUAUAUGCUGGCCCUGGAGGUGGCCCUGCUGGGGUUGGGGCAGCAGCGGUCCAUGCCAGAGGGCCUUUAUGCACAGGAUAAGGUGGUGCGCAGUGAGGAGCAAUUAAUUGGACUUCUAGAUGAGAUGGAGCUGGAUGAGCGGCUGGUUCCUGUGCUUCGCAAGCAAGCGGCCUUGUUGUUAGAUGGAGGGCCUUUCAGUGGAUUUGGCGAGGUGGUGUUCCGAGAGAGUGUUCCCAUGCAUACUUUUGCCCGUUACCUUUUCACUGCCAUGCUGCCCUAUGAUCCCGAGUUGGCUUAUCGUUUGGCAUUGAGAGCCAUGAGGCUUCCUGUAUUGGAGACAGUGUUGCCAGCCAAUGACAUCCUACACCAGAAUCCCCUGGACUCCAUGAUGGCCAAUCGUUUCCCCCGCUGGUUUACCCUGGGUCACCUAGAGACUCGACAGUGCGAGCUAGCCUCAGCUAUGCUUACAGCUGCUAAAGGUGACCCCAACUGGCUGCGCAUGGUCCUGGGCUCCAUUCAGCAGAAUAUUCAUUCACCAGCCUUGCUGUUUAAACUGGCCCAGGAUGCCUGCAAGACCGCCACGCCAGCCAACACUCCUCCAGAUACCACCUUGCUUAAUAUCUCUCUGGAGCUUGGCCUGCAGGUGAUGCGCAUGACACUCAACACCAUGACCUGGCGACGUAGGGAAAUGGUUCGUUGGUUGGUCAGCUGUGCCACUGAGAUAGGAGUCCAGGCCCUGAUGAAUAUUAUGCAGAAUUGGUACACGCUCUUCACACCUAUCGAGGCUACAACUAUUGUGGCGGUGACCGGAACCACACAUGCCACACUGCUGAGGCUGAGCCUGAGUACAGGGCAACGGGAUGAGCUGUGCAGUUGUGCCCGGACACUGGCGCUGCAAUGUGCCAUGAAGGACCCACAAAACUGUGCCUUGCCAGCCCUGACACUAUGUGAGAAGAACCACGCAGCCUUCGAGGCAGCCUACCAGAUUGUGCUAGAUUCUGCAGCCUCAGCUGGUAUGGGCCACUCCCACCUGUUCACCAUAGCCCGGUAUAUGGAGCACCGUGGGCUGCCUGUUCGUGCCUACAAGCUGGCUACCCUGGCCUUCUCGCACCUCAACAUUGCUUUCAACCAGGACACCCAUCCAGCGCUCAACGAUGUCCUGUGGGCCUGCUCCCUUAGCCAGUCCCUGGGGAAGAACGAGUUGGCCGCCAUCGUCCCACUGGUCAUCAAGAGCGUGCAGUGUGCACCCAUGCUCUCUGACAUCUUGCACCGUUGGAGCCUUCCUCCCCCAGGUCUUGCUUCAAUGGGCGGAGGGCGCCGUGGGGCAGGCAGCACGGGUACUGGUGGGAAGCUCUUUGCCAUGGACAAGGCCCCACUCUGCCAGCUGCUGGAGGCCGCUAUGGCUGCUUACAUCAGCACCACCCAUUCACGCCUCACCCACAUCAGUCCACGGCACUAUGGUGAAUUCAUUGAGUUCUUGGGGAAAGCCCGUGAAACUUUCCUGAUGGCACACGAAGGGCACCUACGCUUUAGCCAGUUCCUUGACAACCUCAAACAAACUUACAAGGGCAAGAAGAAACUUAUGUUGCUUGUACGGGAACGGUUUGGCUAGGGGGCGCUUUGAGAAAACAUGCUUUGACUAAGGGGGAGCAAUCAGAGGGACAUUUCUCCCCCUUGAUCAGAAGCACUUUGGCUUGGAGGGUGGGGCAGAAAGAUCAGUUUUCCUUGGGGCACAAGUGUUCUGAACCUGUGGCCAGGCAGAGUCUGAGUUUGCUGCCUACACUCAGGAACUCUUUGUCUGUGAGCACUCUCCUCCCAUCCCCAGAAGGAGACCUGAGCAGAUGGGGCUGGGCUUCAGGCUGGAGCCUCAGAAGUGAGGGAGGGAGGGGGGGGGGUCUGCGUCUCUGGUGCUGGGCACAGACUCUUGUGAAAAGGUCUCUCUAGUUCUUUCACUGGCCCUGUCAGUAGUGCAGGAAGGAUCUGAGCCUGAACUUGUUAUAAGAUUGCCGAUUUCAGUAUUAACUUGUAGGAAGGUAGGAGUAAUUCCCCGCCUUGGUUGUUGAAGGCUCUGGACUUAGUAUGGUCUUGCAGAUGGUGGGCAUGAAAGACCCGCGAAAUUUCAUAGCUGCUGUUCUGAUCUUAUAUUUCAAAUGCAGUAAUGGUGGAGGUUUGACUUAGGUGUGCAAAUUAGAGGGAGAUAGAUAGGAUCGUACCUCCUGUUUUCUAGUUAAAAUUCCAAAAGCUUUCUCUCUUCUCUCUCUCUCCUCUAUGGUCCCACACCUCUGUGCACCUGAAGGAAUCACCUCUGCUUGUUUAGAAGCUGGGAGCCUAGAAUAGCUUGCUAGAACUGGGAUGUUACCUAAGGCCCCCGAUGCCUUUUUUGCACCCCUAGCAUUCAAGCAGCUGGUACAAAAUCCCUCGUGUCUAAAUUUCCUCAGACAAGACUAGUGAGCUGAUAUUAUUUCCUGCUGGGAGAAUCAGCAGCAGAGUUAAUAUUAGAUGGCUUGCACAAACGGGAUACAUUCUAAGGUUUACCUGGUUGGGUUCUACAAAGGAGGUAGAUAGACUAGAUGUGCUCAGCCAGGGACCUCUCUUUUUUUUUUCAUGGAAUGGUAGCUUUGGACGAGACCAGAAGAGCAGCAGUCUUCAGCAGGAACUUGGUUGCACAUUACAUUCCUCCCCUUCCUCCAAACCGUCAUGUUAAUCCACAUAAUGGUAACCAUAAUCUAUCACUCCAGAGGAGUGACUUAAGUCACUCACUUUUCUGUUCUGACUGUACAGACAGAGACCAUUCCACUCUCCCAAAUUGUGUCAGACAUGUCUCCUGAACACUCUUGCAUCCUCUCACAAAUCUGUCAGUAUUUCAGCUUUCUCUCAACUGUGCUCAGGGGUCACAGACUGGCUCCAGACCCUGGCUUGCACUGGGGGGAGGGGAACCCAGGACAUUCAAAGGGGCUAGUGUCCUAUUCUGUAGCUGUCCCUCUUUAGCUUUGUUUCCAGUUAAUGCCCCUCAGACUCCUACAACUGAAGGAUUCCUAUUCUGUCUUCUCCAGCAACCUAUUCCUCUGGAGUUGCUGGUAGAUAAGGCAGUUGAUACCUCAAAACCUCUCCCUUCUUUUGGGCCAAGACAGUGGGACAUAUAGGCAUUUUGCCACUCUGAGUAACUCUACCAGGCAAUCCAAGAAGUGCAUCUUCUGUAUCCCUUGGAAGCUCUGAGGAUCUUGUGGUUGCAUCUUUUGGAUUGUUACCUGCAUAUUGGCAGCCUUGAAAUGUUGCUGCUUUAGGCAACUGGUUGGGCUGCCAAUGCAGUUGGCCCGCCUCUUCACAAAUGACUGAUGUUCCCCACGGAGCGGUGGUGGUGGUGGUGGUGGGGGGGAGUUCUAAGUGGCCACUAGCAGGGUGCUCCAUUCUUCCACAAACAUCCUGCUCCAAAAUCCCACUUGUUUUCUGCUGGAUAAAACCUACUCAGGAACAAACCACAACAAACUCAUGCUACUAAUUAGAUUAUUGUGAAGACAAGAUUAUGUUUAAAAAGUUAAUAUAUAUAUAACUAUAUAUAUAUAUAUAUCUUAUAUGAAGAGGCAAGGGGUCCAGGCGGCUCUCCUUUCUGUGCGCGUGGGGCUGUGUCCUGUGCUCAGCACCUCUCAGUCCUUAGUGUUGGUGGAGAUGUUGGUGUGUUGCACAGCUCCACUUUGGAGCCAGCUAGUCAGUUAGUUGAAAAAGGGGGGUGGGGCGGGAGGUUAUUUCUUUGUUUUUCUGUAUUAAAAAAAAUCCUGUAAUUUUGUAAUUUUUUUCUAUUUAUUGAAUCAUUUAUUGUAUUAUUUUGUAAAGGUUUAACAUAAACGGCAACUUUUUUUUUC